GAGAACCGGAGAGGUUCGUGCCUCAGCGCACCAUGCGCGGCCGCUGCUGAUGGGGACGAAGCGCUGUCCGGACAGGGACCCCGGGGCCAUGGCCCUACAGCAGCAGCCGCUCGCCCUCCGAGGGGGCUCGGCCCCGGUGCUCUAUAUCCACAGCAUGCCCGCCUGGGUGCUGGAGGACUUCUGCCAGAAGAUGGACUGCUUGAGCGACUACGACUGGAUGCGAUUCGCCUCUUAUGUGAUCACCGAUCAAACCGAGCUCCGGAAAAUCAAGUGCAUGGAGAAGACGGGGAUCAGCAUCACGAGGGAGCUGAUGUGGUGGUGGGGAGUGAGGCUGGCAACGGUGCAGCAGCUGCUGGAUCUGCUGCAGGGGCUGCAGCUUUACCGAGCAGCUCAGGUCAUCCUGGACUGGACAUCAGCCUCGAACAUCACCAGCCCUGAGAGAGAAGAGCCUGAGCCUCCCAAACAGAUCAUGUCUGUGCCUCCCCCAGAAGGCAAAAGGAGACAAAAAGAAACUGAGAUGAGUUCAUUGCCAUCCCCAGACACCUCACACCCGGGAGCAGCCCCAGCAGGCAGUGCUGUUUCUGAAGGAUCUUUGUAUUCCCUCCCUGCUCCACCGCCUCCCCCAAGAGACCUUUUGAACUCCCUGCAGUCCAACCCUCCUGUUUCAUCAAGUGUGAAGCCCUGCAGCUCUUCUGCUCCCCAGCAGGAGACCAUGGCUGAUCUCCCCAGUGGGAGCCUCCUCUGGACCUCGAGGGAAAUCUCCAGUGCCACAAACAGUUUCAGUGACAAGAACAGGAUCUGUGAAGGUGCUUUUGCAGACAUCUACAAAGGUCAGAGGAACAACAUGGUGUAUGUCAUCAAAAGACUGAAAGAGCUGGAAUGCACGAGUCCAAAUUCCACACAGAGGUUCUUCCAUACAGAAGUGCAGAUUUGCUUUCGGUGCUGUCACAUCAACAUUCUGCAGCUGCUGGGGUUCUCUGUGGAAAGUGGAUUGCACUGCCUGGUGUAUCCAUACCUGCCCAAUGGCUCCCUGCAAAAUAAACUUCAGUGCCAKGAUGAUUCUGCUCCACUGACAUGGGAGACACGRAUUAGCAUUUCUAUAGGAGUCAUCAGAGCAGUGGAGUAUUUGCAUAAUUUUGGAAUUCUUCAUGGGAAUAUCAAAAGCUCAAAUGUCUUGUUGGAUGAAAACUUCACAGCAAAGCUUGGGCAUUCUGGCCUGCGAUUGCAUUCUUGUGAUAAAAAAUCAGAAUAUGCCGUGAUGAAAACCAAAGUCCUGCAAGCAUCUCUUACUUACUUGCCUGAAGAUUUCAUCAGACACGGGCAGUUAACAGAGAAAGUGGAUAUCUUUGGCUGUGGUGUGAUCUUAGCAGAGAUACUGACAGGGAUUAAGGCGCUGGAUGAGGACAGAAACCCAAUUUACCUGAAAGAUAUGAUUGCCGAUGAAAUCCAAACAGCAAAAGAAAACUCACACUCCAAAGUAAAAAAUUUGGAAAAACUGGCUGCCAAGGAAAUCUGUUGCAAAUACCUGGACAGAAAAGCAGGACAUUUGCCCGAAGAGGUGGCUGUUGAUUUUGCAUCAGCCAUCUGCCUUUGCCUGAGAAAGAAGAAUUCUAACAUAGCAGAGGUACUUGAAAUGAUGGAAAUGGCUGAAAACAAGUUAAAAGAGCAUUAUCUCUGUGGAAGCAGCACUUCUGGAUUCUCCAUGAACACUCCAGAAGAAACGGAUGAUGAGACAGCCAGUGUGAGCGUGGAUGUUGCCUGUGCAGGGGGGAGUCAGGAGAGCAGGCAGGGAGCAGUCCUGGCUGGUGGCACUGUCCCCUCGAUGGCACCUGACACCUAUGGGGACAUGUCACGGGUCCCCUGUGAGUCAGAUGAGUCCAGCAGCUUCACAUGGAAUCCUCCAGAAAAAUGCCCAGAGCAGUUCUCCAGCCUCAGCUGGAGCAGUUCAGAGCGAGUGGCAGCCUCUGAUUGCAGGAGCAAGCAGGAAAAGGCCCCGCAGGGAGUGCAGGACACAAAGGUGACACGUGCCAGAGGUGAUGGCAUCCUGGGGACAGCAGGGGCUGCACAGGGCUCCUGCCCACAGGCAAACACAGACCUGGACUCUGCGUGUGCUUCACAAGCCUUAGCCAGAGAGACAUCUUGGAAAAUACAGAUAAAUGAUCAAAAGAAGAAGCUCAUGGAAAAUAUUUUGCUGUAUGAAGAAGACAAGUUAAACAGUUCUGAACUUUUUGAAUAAUAAAUUGGAUGGAUUUAUUAGCAGUGGCCAGCUCAAAAGAAGAAAUAAGGAUCGUCUCUACAUUAGAAAGAUGGUAAUGUGUACCUUUCAUGUAAAAUUAGGUAGCAGAUUUGGAUCAGGAGUAUUAGCCCUGACUGAAGGAAACAAAAGCAUCACAUGGAGAAGCAG